AUGUCGUCGCUUUUCUGCAAUGCACCUAAAGAUAAUACCUUAGACAAAGGGAUCGAUAGAAAGAACUCUGGAGUCGGUGACACUUACAGUGUUGGCCCCUCCUUUUCUGAGAAUGGUGGUCAAGCUCCAUUUGAUGGAGAUGAGACCGAAAUGGACUACGACACUGGAGCCUCCGAGUUGUACCGUGCCAUCGAAGCCAGAGAUUGGGAUACUGCGCUGGCUCGCCUAGAAGCCAACCCUAAUGAAGCCAAGGCUUGGGUGUCAAGAAAGGAGUACAACUCGGAUCGCAUCCGGUGGCGCUUGUUGCCUCUGCAUGCCACAUGUAUCUUCCGAUCGCCAUUGGCGUUGAUAGAAUCUCUUGUGGAUAUCUAUCCAGAGGCUACACAAAGAAAAGAUGAUCAAGGAAUGAUGCCUAUCCAUUUGGCCUGCAGAAACGGAGCUUCCAAGGGAGUUGUUCUUACUUUGCUUACCGCUUACCCUUCGUCGGUCAAUGCCAAGGAUCGCAAGGGCCGCACACCUCUCGAUUUGGUCGAAUCCAGUAAUUCGCAAAAUGUAGGAGUUGUGGGUGAAGCUAUUCGGGAAUUCGUUGUGGAGCAAGGUGCCAAAAUCGAACCUCUUCCAGAAGAUAAACAAGAACAAGCACCACGAACUACCGGUACCACAAGAUCAGCAGCAGCACCAUCAAUGGUCGUUCAAGAAACCACCAACGAGGUUGACUACGAGAACCGCACAAUUCUAUUUCGCCUUUUGAUGAAGAAGGAUUGGGAAGCCGCUACUGCUCGUGCUGAAGCUUUCCCGGAAGAGGCUGCAACUUGGAUUGCCACCAAGGGUUUCAAUGGAGCUCUUCGAUUUCUUCCUCUUCACAAAGCUUGCGUCUUGCAGCCACCAGACGAAGUUAUCGAAGCAAUCAUUGCAGCCUACCCUAAUGGCGCCAAGUCCCAAGAUCAAGACGGAUGGCUGCCUGCCCACUGUGCUUGUUUCUACGGCGCCAAGCCUUCCACCAUCAAGGUCCUUCUUGAUGCCAACCCCAGAGGAGCACAACUGAAGGACGACGAAGGACGUCUUCCUUUGCACUAUGCAUGCCUCAAGGGAGCUUCCCAAAAGGUUGUUGAUCUCCUUCUUGAAACCUUUGUCAAGGGAGCGAUGAGCAAGGAUGACGAGGGACGUCUUCCCAUUCAUCACGCUUGUUCCAAGGGAGCCCCAGAGGGAGUCAUUGAUACUCUUUUGAAGGCUUCUCCAAAGGGAGCCCAAACCAAGGAUGACCAAGGACGUCUCGCCUUGCAUCAUGCCUGCAGAAAGUCUUCGUCGGAACGUGUUGUUCGCACCUUGCUUCGUGUGUACCCACGUGCUGCACAAAUCAAGGACGAUCAAGACAAGUUGCCCGUCCACUACGCAUGUCAACAUGGUGUGAAUCCAAAUGUUGUAAACAUCUUGCUCACAACUCACCCCGAGAGUAUCAAUGUGAAGAACGGAUUUGGGUAUACACCCUUGGCCGAAGCCAGAGCCGUUGACAAUACCAAGAUGGAACCCAUCAUUCAUGUUCUUGAGAAGUUCAAGGUUGAGCAAGACAAGAUCAAGGUUGACUCUGGAGAAAAUGCCAUCUUUGAAGCCAAACUUGAUGCCUUGACCCGACGAGUGAUGCACCUUGAAAAGUUGGUUGGAAACGCCAUGGAUAUGGGAGUUGAAAUCAAGGGCAGUGUACAGAACGUGAAGGACCCUUACGUCUUGAUUGAUAGAAUGGCUGAUCGUCUUGCAAAUUUGGACGUUACUGAGGAAUUGGAGCCCUUGGAGACCUCGGGAGCACUCGCAAAGCAAGAAAAGACAACAAAACGGCGAUUUUUGAGCCGAGGAAGAACGCGCAAUUAA